CCAGAACGCUGCUCUCCGUUAUCACGUUCCAAUCUAUUGCUAGACUAACAGUUCUAAUCAAUUAAUAGAAGCUUGACUAAAACAGCGCGAAUCAUCUGUUCUCAAUUUUUAUUAUCAAACAUCACUUCAGUUUCUCUUGGCUGUCUGAAAAGGUUUGACGUUCAGAGCCCUCAGAAAUAUAAUGCCCCCGAAGCCUCCAUCUGCAGCAGCCCUUGCCUCAGUGGGUAAGAGACUAGGACUCCACUCAAAGGCGUACAAUGGACUGAUUGGAGUCUGUGAUAAGUUUGUACCCCCCAAGAUGCGUCCCCUCUGGAUGCAUCCAGCUGGUCCAAAGACGAUAUUCUUUUGGGCCCCGCUGGUCAAAUGGGGCUUGGUUAUUGCUGGACUGAGUGAUCUGACCCGACCUGCAGACACUAUUUCCCCAAAUGGCUGCCUUGCCCUCGGAGCGACGAAUCUCAUUUGGACGCGCUACGCUCUGGUGAUCAUACCAAAGAACUACAGUCUUUUUGCUGUUAAUCUGUUUGUGAGUCUGACGCAGCUUUUCCAAUUGGGGCGGGCCUACAACUACAAGUGGGAGCAGACCAAACUGGAGAAGGUAACAUCGGAGAAGCCAGCUCUUCUGCAGCAGUAGAACAUAAGUUAUGCAUAGACCAAUUUUUCAUCAACAAAUAAAUACAAUCUAAUUGUUGUCUAGUCUAAA